GUUUGGUGCACCAAACAACCAAAGAUCUCCACGCGUCGUCAGAUGUCGUCGAUGGGGCGGCGCGCCGCGGUUCUGGCCGCGAUGGUGCUCCUACAAGUGUGUGUAGCGCAGCAAGUGCAUGUGUUGACGAGCAAGAACUUUAAGCAAUUGGUUCUCGACAGCUCGGACUAUUGGCUCGUGGAGUUUUACGCCCCCUGGUGUGGCCAUUGCAAGAAGCUCGAACCCGAGUGGAAAGACGCUGCUAAGAAACUGAAGGCGAAGGCCAAGCUGGGCGCUGUUGACUGCACGGUGCACCAAGACCUCGGCCAAAAGUACGGCAUUCAAGGCUAUCCAACCAUUAAAGAAUUCGGCAAGAACAAGAAGAAGCCGAAAGACUACAACGGUGGUCGUCAGGCCAGGGAUAUUGUCGGCUACGUGCAGAGCAAUCCCGACGCUGGGUUAUUUGAGCAAGUUGACAUGCUCACGUACGCCACGGCGCACACGUUCUUCGAGCCGCAGAAGCGACCUAAAGUAGUGUUGCUCGGGCGCAAUCGAAACAAAAAGGGCAAGCCGCGAUGGCUCGAGGAAGUUGCGCAGCAAUUCCGUUCCAAGGUGUCCUUUGGAUUCGUCCCUGGCAGCGACGACAAGAUCGCGACCCACCUCGGCAUCCGAGAAGAAGAUCGACCACUCGUUCUGGUGGCCAUCGGACCCGAAUAUGUGUGGACGAAAUUGAGCCAAGUCGACACGAUCAAGGACGACGUUGUCGCGUUCGUCAAACAAGUACGUUGGAGAGCGAAGUCGAGUUGGGUCGUGCACAACUUGUGGCGUUGUCUAGUCGCUGAAAGGCACGUUCGACGAACCGAAGGUGCUGCCGGCGUUCCCGCCCCCGCAAAACUCGGCCCCGAAAAAGAAGCCGCCGAUCGGUGCCAUCCAGCAGAUUCACGCGUCCACUCUCGAGUCGCUGUGCUUGAAGGGCGCGUCCAAGAUGUGUGUGGUCUUCCUGCCCACGUCGUUGGCCUUUGACCUCAAGCCGACGGCCAAGAAGUUCCGCCGGGACCCGCUGAGCUUCUUCUAUGUACACCCAGAUGACCUCGGGUUCCACAGCCAGCUGACCCAGUGGCUCAACUUACCACCGACGUCCACGAACCGGUGCUUGGUGUUCAAGACAGGGAAACAAGUGCGAGUGACAGACCUGGCCAAAGUCGAAGGAACCGCCGCUCUCGACAACCUGCUCGUCCAAGUCCUGGAUGGACUCCACCCGUCCCGUGCCGUCGUGACAGCUCCUUUUGAGCCACCAACGACGCACUCGGACGAGUUGUAGCGCGCUUGUUCCGUCUCUAUCCCGUCGGCGACGUUCCCCUGCCGCUUGAAUGCUCACGUUGGCCCCAUCCAUGGGUGGCGACGUUUCUCCGACGGCAUGGUGAUGGUUUGGAAAUGUCGGGUCGUAUAAAAUUAUACAGGCACCGUUUCACGUUUAAA